AUGGCGACAUGCGAGAAUAUACGAGAACAUUUCAGCGGACUGAAAGAUUCAAGAUGGCGACGGCCUUUUAGUGUCGUCUGUUUGUCUGUUCUGGGCGCUGCGUUCUCUACCUGCCCUCACACAAUUCCGGGUCUGAAGAGAUGGUCUCGUGCUUCAACUUGGCCAGGGAGUCGGAAACCCGCACUCAACGCCAGGGUGGUCAUCACUGAACACGUCCUCCUGGACGAGUCACCACCAGAACUCCACAGCAUCAUCAUCGAGUCACGUGGUCGCCUGGUAUGGAGCCCGGAUGGAGACUACAACGUCACGACCCAGUUCAUCCUCAUCAAGGGCCAGAUGGACAUCGGCAGCGAGGACUGCAAGUUUCCAGCGCGGGCUCACGUCACCCUCACAGGCAUCCGCGGCUCUUACAAAGUGACCCUGGGCGAACACCUGUUCGGAGAGAAGUUUAUCGGGGUGGCCCCGGGUGGCACACUGGAGAUGCACGGGGAGGAGAAACUUCCCUGGACCAAGCUGACCAAGACGCUGCCCAAGCUGGACGCUAGCCAUGGCCUCCUGUACGAUCAUUUGACCAGCAAGCAUAAAGAUGAAGGCAGCUGGAAGGAUGGCAUCAACGCCUACAUCUUCGACGGCAACACCGGCAACUUCAUACAGUUUGCGUCUUAUUAUCUCGGGGAGUACGACAAAUACCAUUACAAGUCCGACCCAGCAGCCCUGGCUGGCCUCAUUAAUGACUUAAGUAGCACUCAAUGCAGCAUUAAACCCACACCCUCACUCACUCCAGGUGACCGUAUAUUCAUCACGUCCACGGACUACUUGUGGGAACAACUGGAGACGGCCACUGUGAAGAAAUGUACCACGUGUCGUCACGACCAAGUACAGAUUGACCUGGAAGCGGCCUACAUGCACUGGGGCGAGAUGAUAGACAGAGUGGAUGAGAGAGCGGAGGUGGGACUUCUCACUCGCAACAUCGUCAUCGAGGGCCGCAUGGAGAACACGUGCCCUCCUAGCAACGCCAACUGUGACACUUACAACUACGACACUUUUGGGGGUCACUUGAAGUUUGUGAGGGGGUACAAGAACGUCCACAUCGAGGGUGUGGAGCUGACGCACAUGGGUCAACAGUCAGAGAAAGGAUUCUAUCCGAUCCACUUCCACAUGUGUCACGACGUAGAUAAAGUUGGCGGCUAUUCAGACCCUGCGUGGGUCAGACAGAACUCCAUACACCACACUUUCAGCCGCUGUGUUACUGUACAUGGAUCACAUGGCGUAACUGUCCAGGACAACGUGGCCUACGACCACCUGGGGCACUGCUACUUCCUCGAGGACGGUGGAGAGAAGAGGAACGUCUUCGAUGGCAACCUUGGUGCGGCUACCAAACACGGAACAAUUCUGCCCUCUGAUAAAGAAAAUCCUGCGACAUUUUGGAUGACGUCACCACUGGUGUAUCUGAGAAACAACGUGGCCGCUGGUGGUAACGGUAUCGGGAUCUGGUAUGUGUUCCCAGAGGAGCCCCAAGGACCCUCCUAUGGUCUUGGGUUCUUGCAGCGGGGUGAGGCACGGCACACGGCGCUACUGGAGUUUAACAACAACGUCGGCCACUCCAACACUCACUAUGGUCUGUUCGUCGACAACAUCAUCAACCCUGACGACACGACGGGUGGCGACAACAUGUACGACCCCCGUCAGCAGCCACUCAACAAGACCUCGGCCCAGAAGGAAGUCCUCUUCUACAGGUUCACUGGUUACAAGAACCGUUACCAGAACGGCUGGAUAAGAGGGGGUCUUAUUCUGAUGGAUCACUCGUCGUUUGCUGACAGCGGCCGUGGGAUGACCUUUGCCAAGUAUGUACCUUUAUCGUUGUUGCAUUCAACCGGAAACCGGGUGUAUGACGGGAACGAGACAGUUCAUGGAUUUGGAAAUGACGAUGGGGACAAAACGUCUGCGUUCCGAGACUUGGAUGGCUCUGUGACUGGAUAUCCGGGAAGCACUGUGUUAAAACCCGGACCGUUCUUCCACAACGCCCGCUGCUACAGACGGGACAACUGGAAUAUGGAAAUCUGCCCACAAAGGUUCGGAAUGCUUAACCUCCGCCUGAUAAGUACAGAAGAUCAAGGCAAGAGUCAUCCAUUCGCUGUGCGAGAUGACAAUCCUUCAGCGAGAAUGGACGAGACUUGGCACUCCUCCGCUGGAUUCCCCGUGGCUCUCGGCGGCGACCACAGCUACACCAUACACUGGAAGGGACGGGUUCCCAGGGCGUUUGAGCUGAAGGGAGAAGGAGUGGAGAAGGGGGACUGGGUGCGGUUCGGUGUCUGUUUCCCCCGGAAUGGCAAGUUCCACUUCACGAUGUACUACCCAGUCUACCGGGACGACACCGGCUGGGUUGGACACUACUGGAAGCGGGUUUCAAGCGUUGAGGACCUUGACCGGGACACUUCGGGUGGAGCUGUGUAUCAUGACAACACCACUGGGCUCUGGUUCUUUAAAUACAUGAACAUGAACGAUCGGCUGGAGAAUGAAACCCAUUCGUGCCCAGAGAGAUGCCCAAGCAUCAGGUUCGAGGUGUUAUCCGGCGACAUGAACGACGGCGACUGCACCUCCAGAGCCUACGGACCAUACAAGAGAGCCCCCAUUACGGGGAGCAAUGGUCUUCAUGCCAACAGCCUUCAGGUUACAUCCAAGGACCCACCACAGGGAUGGGGAGCGGGACCUACAAGACCUUUUGAGACUCGAACCUCGACAAACGGACAAGGUGGACAGUGGACAGCAUGGUCGCAAUGCUCUCAGUCUUGUGGAGGCGGACUUCAGACGAGGACUCGGUCAUGUGACGGUGCAGGAAGUACGGAGGACUGCCAGCGCCACCAUGUAGAAUACAGAGCCUGUAACACUGCAUUUUGUACCAGCCAGUUGUUGGGAUGAAUAACAAGAUUUAUUAUAUACCCAUUUAAUCAUACGAUAACAACACAGCCGAACAAUAGGGCAAGCUUUGGCGAAUUCGAAUUUCACUCCCAUUUGAAAUCUUUGAGGCAUUAAAGUUAUUAAGUGGAAA